AGCAGCUUCUUCUCUCUUGUGAAUUUGGAUUUGCUAUAAGGCUUUUUGAUUAAGUCAAAAUCCAAAUUUCCAAGAAUGCCUGUCUCUAGAAUUGCAGUUGGAAACCCAGCUGAGUUUGGGCAGCCAGAUGCUCUCAAAGCAGCUCUUGCUGAGUUCAUAUCAGUUCUCAUCUUUGUUUUUGCUGGUGAAGGCUCUGGCAUGGCUUUCGACAAGCUCACUGAUGGUGCUUCAACAACACCGGCUGGCCUUAUAGCCGCUGCCUUGGCACAUGCCUUUGCACUUUUCGUGGCGGUUUCCAUUGCAGCAAACAUCUCCGGCGGUCAUGUUAACCCUGCUGUCACAUUUGGUGCCCUUAUUGGCGGCAACAUCACUCUCAUCAGGUCUAUUUUGUACUGGAUUGCCCAGUUGCUUGGAGCCGUGGUUGCUUGCUUGCUUCUCAGGUUUGCAACCGGUGGAUUGGUAAGCCACUAACUCAUCCUCACUAAAAACUCUCAAUC